AUGCCCCGGGAGCCGCCAUGUUGGGGGGAGGGCAGAAACGCACGUAGAGGCGGCAGCGUUUCAACGGGGUGCCGACUGGUUUUGGCUUCUCUUCCCAGCACUGUGGGGCCGGGGCAAAAGACUCCACCCGGGCCCUUCCCCCGGCUUCUCCGGAAUGAGGCCUCAGCGCCCGCGUGGGACAGACCCCUUUCUCCUUGGAGCGAGCUGGAGAAGAGGCCGAAGCCGAGACGAUGCCCGGGAAGCUGAAGGUGAAAAUCGUGGCCGGGCGCCAUUUGCCAGUGAUGGACCGUGCUAGUGACCUGACUGAUGCCUUCGUGGAGGUAAAAUUUGGUAAUACUACCUUUAAAACAGAUGUGUACCUCAAGUCACUGAACCCUCAGUGGAACUCAGAAUGGUUUAAAUUUGAGGUGGAUGAUGAAGACUUACAAGAUGAACCUCUGCAGAUCACAGUGCUCGACCACGAUACUUACAGUGCAAAUGACGCCAUUGGUAAAGUGUACAUUGACAUCGAUCCGCUAUUGUAUAGUGAGGCUGCAACAGUCAUUUCAGGAUGGUUUCCAAUUUACGACACCAUACACGGCAUUCGUGGGGAAAUAAAUGUUGUUGUCAAAGUAGACCUCUUCAAUGAUCUCAAUCGAUUUAGGCAGUCAUCAUGUGGAGUCAAGUUCUUUUGCACAACAUCUAUUCCAAAGUGCUAUAGAGCUGUAAUAAUUCAUGGAUUUGUAGAAGAACUUGUGGUCAAUGAAGACCCAGAAUAUCAGUGGAUCGAUCGAAUUCGAACACCGAGGGCAUCAAAUGAGGCCAGACAGAGACUCAUAUCUUUAAUGUCAGGUGAAUUACAGAGAAAGAUUGGCCUGAAAGUCCUUGAAAUGAGAGGAAAUGCAGUGGUUGGGUACUUACAGUGUUUUGAUCUGGAGGGCGAGUCUGGGUUAGUUGUACGAGCCAUAGGAACAGCGUGUACUCUGGAUAAAUUAAGUAGCCCAGCAGCAUUUCUUCCUGCAUGCAAUUCCCCAUCCAAAGAAAUAAAGGAGAUUCCCUUCAAUGAAGAUCCCAAUCCCAAUACUCACUCAUCAGGACCCUCAACCCCUCUGAAAAACCAAACUUAUUCCUUUUCACCUUCCAAGUCCUACAGUCGACAGUCCUCUUCUUCUGACACAGAUUUGAGUUUGACACCCAAAACUGGCAUGGGAAGUGGUAGUGCUGGAAAAGAAGGGGGGCCGUUUAAAGCUCUUUUAAGACAGCAGACUCAGUCGGCAUUGGAGCAGAGGGGAGGAUCGCCUCGUAGGUUCUGUAGAAGGCGG